CGCGUCAAGGCUCCGGAGAACGCGUAAACAACUCUGAGCAAGGAUUGUACAGUGCCGCCGCCUGGGGACAGCCAGCGCAUACAACUUGUGAACUGUGAACACUACACAGGUAUCCGGACACCCGACUGCACACUCGUCAACAGGUGUACAAGCUCUCAGACAACUCGACUGUCGUAUUUUCUUUGUGGUGAAGCAAGAACAGAAAAAACCGCCAAGAUGGUUGCCGGGUGCGGGAAUAAUUGUAUCAAGUACAUCCUCUUUUUCGUCAACUUCCUGUUCUUCGUCAUGGGCGGCGUGGGUAUAGGUCUCGGUAUCUACGCCCUCGUGGACAAGAAACAAAUGGCCGCCCUGACGAAGAUUGACUCCUCGGGCAGGUUCAAAGAUUUCAAUGGCGUAGGACUUCUGCAAGGAGGUGCCAUCGCUCUCAUCGUCGGCGGAGCCUUUCUUUUCAUCACCGGCUUCGCAGGUUGCUGCGGUGCUGUGAAGGAAAUCAAAUGUCUCCUGGGCAUCUACAUCGCCAUUGUCCUGCUCAUCGUCAUCGCUGAAGUUGUUGCUGCAGCCUUGGCCAUCGCUUUCAAAGACAGGAUAGAACAGAAGUUUAAAGAGGGACUGGUAGAAGCCAUCCAAAAGGAAUAUGAUGGUAACUUGACUUCUGGCAACCCCUUUUCACGUGCCUUUGACUACGCACAGGUUGAGUUUGACUGCUGCGGUGUCGAGAACUACACCGACUUUGUGAAUUCAACGUGGGACAAGAACAAAGGCAACGACAAGGUCCCACAGACAUGCUGUAAGGUGGCGGAUAAGAACCAGUAUUUUGACACCAACGUGUUGAAUCUGGAAGACAAAAGCUGUCCUACGACAGAUCCUAGCCUGAAAAAACUCAACACCAACACGCCAUGCUAUGGGGCCAUCAGAGACUGGGUGAUGAAACACGUCGGCAUCAUCAUCGGCAUUGGCUUUGGCAUCGUGGCCAUCGAGGUUUUGGCUGUAGGACUGGCCAUAUGCCUUUACAAGGCCAUCGACGGUGGCACUCACGCGUAAACCGUUUCACGUCCUGGCCACGUGAUCAAUGAUAAUUGCUAUAGUAUUCGCCUGCUGCUUGUACCGCGCCAUAGAAGACUAACUUCUCACUAACACCACAAACUUGACAAAGAAGUUAAUACCUUGUUGGGAACAUGGACACCAAAGAAUUUUCAGCCUGCGACGGAUAAAACUUUCGUUUUUCAUCGUCAACAUCUCAUUGGUUUUCAUACAUUCUUCUUUUAAUGUACGUCGACAUCGUUGUUGCUUUAGUUUUUAUUGACAAUCCGUGCGGCCAGAGAAAGGAACUCAUUAUUUUCAUUGAGUUUUUGUCAACAUUAUUUCUUCGAAGUAAAGUAAAGGUAUCGGUGUCAUUUCUGUUACUGGAAAUUAUUAAACAUUAACUUAUCUUUCAACUUUGUACAGCCAAACUAUCGUUGUUGAAAAAUCGUAGAGAUUUUUGCGAACAAAUGAACAAAAACUUUGCUUGUCGUCAGCUCACGUGUUGUGUGAUAUACAACUUUUGUUUUGUAUGUUGUUUACUGAAGAUUCCACAAUUUGUGAUUAUUUACGUGUACGGAUGACUGAUUUACCAAUAAAGCUACAAAACCACGAAGAUUUGGAUGUAAAGUGUAGGGGUACCGUCACAGCUCAGGGGGCACCUACCCGUAUCUUGUCUACCUGUGGUUGGCUGACAUGUUCAAGCGCAGGUACGUCAGGUGGUGUGACGUUCUCAGGUACAUCAGGCAGUGUGACGUGCUCAAUGGCGCCGGAAGCAAUCACCAUCAAGUCGCUGGUACAAUGUUUGAUUAAUAACGAUAAGGUUUUCGUCUGUGUUGUCUCACCCGCUGCUUAGCUCACCUGGGCUUUCAAGUCGAUUUUUAUUUCAUAAAUCUUAUUCUGACCUCUAAACUCAAGAUAUAGUUCGAUCUGGAGAGAUGUUGAUCGUUGAUAGAGGCCUACCGACAUUUUGCACUGACUGUGGCCGAUUCCCUUCCCUGGAACAGCGACACUCAGACGAACUGGCAGCUUAGUCAACACCAUCUUCAUGUGAAAGUGAGGGUUAGGUGUAAAGACCCUGGAAGAGAGAGAGAUGGCUCGAAAAGAACGCCCAUUGAAUGGAGGAAGACAAACUCUGGAGCUAUCUUCCCACUGUCGCCAUGUGACCAAAGAAGAUAACUAGGAUGCGACUACACCAGCUGUCUCCUGACUCCAGUAAAGGGAGACUACUCACUACAGCCAUCCCGUGCUUGAGUUACGGGCCGUGCGGAUGAGUUUUGUGUGGCAUCCAAACGCGACUUGAGAAAACAUUUUGGGAAUUAGAGUUGAGCUCACGUGACAUCGCAUCUUUAGACACGUGACAGAGAAGAAAUAUUUCCCCUUGUGUGACAUAAUCUGCGUGGAGGCAGUAAACAGGCAUAAACUAUUGAAGAGUUACAAAAUGGAGAGAAAUACUGACUGAAGUUAUGUUGAAAUGUCGAUCAUAGGGCUAGGUGAACAUGACGCUGCCUCAAGCAAGGUGUUCAGGAAAGAGCAGGCCACGAGUCCUCGAAAACUGGAAGCAAAACUAGACUGACAGAAAUUUUCCUUUAAAACAAAUUUAAAUUUCUGUUUUUGUAAAUGGAAAGUUCCUUUGAAAUAAAUGUUUUUACUAAAAUAUA